CUCCAAGUCUACCUUCUCUGCAGACUUAUACAGUCCGUGCUGCAGACAAGUCUGGUUUACAAAGAUGUCGAAGACACGUGCUAAUCUAAAUUGCUCAGUUGUUGGCUGCUUAAAAAGACAUACAUGUCUGUUUUUACUCCCCAAGGCUGAAGAUGUGAAGACCCGGUGGAUGGAUUUUAUUUUUGAUGGAAAAGUGCCCACAACAACAGCUAAAAUGUUGUUUGUCUGUGCUAACCACUUCACCUCAGACUGCCUUUCUAACGAGGGACAGUACAAUGCAGGCUUUGCAGAAAAACUGCUGAUCCAGCAUGGAUCAAUACCAACUGUCCGUGACCCACAUUCAAACUCCGGAGCUGCCAGCACACCAGAUGUAACUGUGAAGUUUCAUGCAACAAGGGAUGUUGCAUGUCAGACUGACCAGCUGCAGACACAUAGUGUAGGCACACAGCUGUCCCUGAAGACUCUUCAGCCUCAUGUCAGAAGUAAAGGUGUUCAGGCUGUUGUGUCCUGUAGGGAGUUUGGUGUUGGAGCAUCCAUUGCAGAUCCUCUGUGUUUCUCAUCAACACCAGUAAAGAGACCAUCAAAGAGAGCUCGUUUGGACCUCAUGGAGGAGGAGGAGGAGGAGGAGGAGGAGGAGGAGGAGGAGGAGGAGGAUGAUGAGGAUGAUGAUGAUUAUGAUCCGUUAGAGGGCAGUUUGUCAACCUCACAAGGGCUAGAUGCUACCUAUGACCCUGCAGACUCAGUCGCAGCCUUUACAGAGCCAACACUGAUGUCAGAUGAAACAUCUACUCCCACCCACAAAACAAAAAAAUACAUAGUAUACGAAACCUCCUUAAUGGAGUUGUUUGAGGUGUGUCCUGUGUGCACGCGGGUGUGUGAUGUGCGGACUCAAAGGUUGGGGACAUUCCUGUCUGUGGAACAGCGGUGUCCCCAUUGUGAUUUCCUCAGACGCUGGAAUAGCCAACCUAUUGUUGGAAGCACUCCAGCUGGAAACCUUCACCUUUCAGCUGCUGUAUACCUCAGUGGAGCAUCUUUCUUCAAAAUGGAAAAGGUGUUCAAGGCAAUGCAGCUGCAGCUGUUCCGUUAUAACACAUUCCGUCGCCAUGCCAGAACCUUCAUCGAGCCAGCAGUCAUCCACCAUUGGAAAGCACUGCAAGAUGUGACCCUGCAACGCCUCAGUGAGGAGACCAUAGUACUUGGUGGUGACAUGAGGGCUGACCCUCCAGGACACUCUGCUAAGUUUGGUAGCUACACCAUGAUGGACCUCAAUACCAACAAAGUCUUAGAUAUCCAGUUGGUUCAGAGCAAUGAGGUUGGUGGGAGCUCCAACAUGGAAAAAGAGGGCCUGAAGAGGAGCCUGGCAUUAUUGAAUGCACGUGGUGUGACUCUUCACUGCAUUGUCACUGACCGCCAUCCUCAAAUCCAGAAGUUCCUCCGGGAGAGCAGCAUCCCCCGGUUCUAUGAUGUAUGGCACAUGGAGAAGGGAAUUUCUAAAAAACUGGACCAGAUAACGAAGAUGAAGGGCUGUGAAAAACUCCAGAAGUGGAUGAGAGGAAUAAAAAAACACAAAUACUGGACUGCAGCUUCAUCAACCACUGGACCAGAGAGAGUGGCAAAGUGGACCUCAACCAUGAACCAUGUCCCAAACAUCCAGACACAUGAAAAUCCUCUGUACCCCCAGUGCCAGCCCCCACUGCGACAGACAACGGACAUGGAAAAUCCUGCCUUAUACCGGCUGGAGAAGGCGCUGACAAACAAGAGGACUUUGAAGGAUGUCGAGAAACUGAGCCCUCAUCACCAGACUUCAUCUGUUGAGGCUUUCCACAGCGUCAUUAUUCGUUUUGCCCCUAAAGGUGUCGCCUUUCCCUAUCUUGGAAUGCUGUGCAGACUCUACCUGGCUGCCAUGUACUACAAUGAGAAUGCUGGCAGACCACAAGCCCAAAUAACAGAAGGUGAACCUCUCUUCAAGGUUAACUUUCCAAAGGCCGUGAAGGGGGGAUGCAGAGCAAAACGAGUUAAAGUUGAGCCAACAUACCGGUAUGUUGAUGACAUGUUGGACCUCGUGCUGGAAAAAGUAUUUGUGGACCCGUCACCUUACACUGAGGCUGUGCUUGCCGCCCCCAUCCCUGAAGACCUCUCGGCACAAUCCGAGCGGCCUGACAGGGAGGAAGUCAUAGCCAGCUAUGUGUCGCGUUUUAACCAAGGGGAGGUCUAAAACCCACGUACUGAUUUUCGGCAUCAGGAAACUCUGUGUGGAUCCGUAGCACCACACAGGAUGGAAUGACCACUCGGAUUUUGUGCCCGAGGAAGUCCCAGUACCAGCUUACUAAGCUCCUGUUGGCCAGAUUCCUGUAGCGGCUGCAGAAAUUGAACAGUAUUACUGUGGGAAAAACUGUAUGUGUGUCUGACCCUUUUCUUUUUUUUAAACCAACAUUUGUGGAUAGUUUUUACAGUGUAUUUUUUAUGAACAGCAGCAUUUCUGAUAUUUGCCAAAUUGUUAUUAUAUUUGCACAGAUUGUACAUUAUUUCAUUUUAAUAAAUCCUGAGUUUGUACUGAA